UUGUUAUGUCAGGGUGAAUUUUGUUUUAUUGGAUUACGACGUGAUGAAAAUGGGGAUUCACCAAGGUUACGUCAGCACUGUGGAUCAACGAGCGAAAUUCCAUUUCUUGGAGGCUCUCAUAGCAGAUGUGAAGAAAGGAUAGAUAGUUGGCAAGAGGUUUGCAAAUGUGAAGAAGAUUUUUGCAAUACUUUUGCGUAUUUACGAUCAUCCAUUGAUUCAAGACAAGACCAUCUGAAGGAUCAUGUAACGUUUGCAAAACAAGACAUUCCGUACUCCUCAUCACAUAAUAAUCGACCAGAAUCGGUUCCACGGAAUCAGAACUCGUCGCUCAUUGUUCUAUUAGUCAUUAUUCCACUCUCUGUUGGCGGGUUCGCUGUAUGCUUAAUCUUUUUAAAUUAUCAUUGCAAGAUGUGCUAG